AUGUCUCGUGAUGCAUUUGUUCUUUUGUGCAAUCACUUUAGACAAAGAGAAUGGAUUAAAGAUAGUAAGCAUGUAUCAGUUGAAGAAAAGAUAGCAAUAUUUUUAAUUAUCAUAGCACAUAAUGAGCGAUUUAUUGUCAUGAAGCAAAGAUUUCAACAUUCUUCACAAACUGUUCACAAGUAUUUUCAUGAGGUUCUUGAAGCAAUGAUGUACUUUGCAAAAGAGAUGAUAGUACCCACAAUUGAUCUUGAUUCCAAUAUUUCAACUGCUCAAAAAAAUAUCAGAAAUUUUUUUAAGGUGGCAAUUGGUGCACUUGAUGGAACAAUAGUGGGUGCUAUAAUCCCACUUGAUAAACAAAUUGCUUAUAGAGGAAGAGGAAGGGGAUGGGAAGGAGUAGUACAUGAUUCGCGAGUUCUAAAAGAGAUAGUAGCCAAUCCAAAUAAUUGUUUUCCAUUUCCUUCUCUAAGAGAUUAUCGUCGUAGGCGUGCUGUAACGAAAGAGGAGAGGUUUAACCAUGCUUAUGCUCAACUUAGAAAUGUUAUCGAACGUUCAUUUGGAGUUUUGAAAGCAAGAUUUCUAAUACUAGAUAAGAUGGCUCCAUAUGAGUUUCAUGUCCAAAGAGAUGUUGUUAUUGCAUGUUUUGCAAUUAACAAUUUUAUCAAGAAAGAGCGUAUCAAUGAUGAAGUAUACAAUCAGUUUGAUCAAUCUCAAGUAAUCUUUAAGGAAGGACUAGAAGAAUAA